CGGAGCACACCCAUUGGCUGUUUGGUGGCGAGGAGUGGGGCUACGCGAGGAGAGGCCUGACCUGGCAGGACUACCUUGGGUCGGCUGUGCCGGCCGAGCUUUGCUGUUGAGGUCGGGUCUCUUCCACUGGGCCCGGGAAGAUGGUGCUGGGUGGUUGCCCGGUGAGUUACUUACUUCUGUGCGGCCAGGCGGCUUUGCUGCUGGGGAAUCUACUUCUGCUUCACUGUGUCUCUCGGAGCCACUCACACAACGCUACCGCCGAGCCCGAGCUCACAUCCGCUGGCGCCGCCCACCCAGAGGGCUCCGCCGGCGCUCCGAGCUGGGAAUAUGGCGACCCCCAGUCUCCAGUCAUCCUUUGCUCUUACCUACCUGAUGAAUUUAUAGAAUGUGACGACCCAGUGGAUCAUGUUGGAAAUGCAACUGCAUCCCAGGAACUCGGUUAUGGUUGUCUCAAGUUUGGUGGUCAGGCCUACAGUGACGUGGAACACACUUCGGUCCAGUGCCGGGCCCUAGAUGGGAUUGAAUGUGCCAGUCCUAGGACUUUCCUACGAGAGAAUAAACCUUGUAUAAAAUAUACUGGACACUACUUCAUAACCACUUUACUGUACUCUUUCUUCCUGGGAUGUUUUGGAGUGGAUCGUUUCUGUCUGGGACACACUGGCACAGCAGUAGGGAAGCUGUUGACACUUGGGGGACUUGGGAUUUGGUGGUUUGUUGACCUUAUUUUGCUUAUUACUGGAGGGCUGAUGCCAAGUGAUGGCAGCAAUUGGUGCACUGUUUACUAAAAAGAGCAACCGUCAUGGCCCAGAGAGGCACGUCUUCUGAAUUCAUCUCUACAGGCUCAAAACUCUUCCUUGAUGCCAGACCUGACCAUUACUUUCCCUCUUUGGAGGGAAUGGGUUUGGUUAGGAAGGUUUCUCUGGACUCUGGGUUUUCAACCCAAAUUUUACCUUGCAGACUAGAAAUGACAAACCAACAGUGUUUGGGAAUCAAGUGUGUACCUUUCCUCAUGUACAAAAUAUAAAGGGAUAGUGACUAACUUAUAAGCUGCAGAGGGGUUUGUGUGCUCUUUAUUUCUGUACAUUGCUGUGUCUUUAAUACUUUGGAGCAAGUGGACCCAACAAGAUGAGCAAGUGAACCUUGUGCCUUUUGUGACCCUAAAUCUUCACGCAGAAGAGAUCUAAAGCUGAACCAGUGAAAAUCUUCAGCAGAAGUAAAAUGGCCAUGGAUUUUAAUACACACUGAAAUUCUGACUUUCUGAAUUUAAAUUGCAGAAUAAAUUUUGCCAACCUGGAA